AUGACCCAGCCAUCCCAUAAUGACCAGGCUGACUCUGUGUUCCAGGCCCUAUCCAGUCUGAGAGGACAGACGGAGGACAUCCCGUGUGUGGUCGGAGACGAGCAAGUCUGGACCAAAGACAUCAGAUAUCAGCUAUCUCCGUUCAACCACUCCCAUAAAGUGGCGAAGUUCUGCUACGCUGACGAGGAGCUGAUCAACCGAGCCAUCGAGGCGGCGCUGGCGGCGAGGAGGGACUGGGACCUGAAGCCCGUCCAGGACCGAGCGCAAGUUCUGUUCAAGGCGGCCGACGUCAUCAGUGGACCCAAGAGAGCCGAGAUCCUCGCCAAGACCAUGAUCGGACAGGUACCGGACCUGGGGGGGAG